CGCGGCGUCGGCAACGUUUCUCAGCGCAUUCGAAGAUUGAAAACUGGAGAUUUGAAUCUUUACAACAGUUCAAUGUUUUAAUAAGAUGAUAAAGUAGAAAGCACCUUGGUGGAGCGGAGUUGAAGAGAACGCAUUAGGCAAAGAGAAGAUUGUUUAAUUCGACUUGCGGGUCGUCAAGCAUUUUUCUUUCUUUUUCUACGUUCGGCAAAACAAAUAUACAAAUCAAUUCCACUAAGAGAUUUCUGAAGAUCGUCGAGAUCGAUAUGUUAACAAAGCGGGAACGACUGCUCGGGGAUGUCUAGCGGUAGAAGAGCGACGCGACCCGUGAGGCAGCUGUCGCUGCAGCAGCCCACGCCGCGUCGGCAGCACGUCAGACGGCAGAGAUCGGCGGAGGACGAUUGCGGCAAAUCUUUGCAAAUCUACGCGAAUCCGAUCGCGCGCAAUAGACUAGUCGCAAAUGCUACGGAAAAACCCAAGGUGCGAGUUGCCUGGGCUGAUGACCGUCGCGGCUGCGACGGCCUGGCCCAAGUGGAGGUGGUGGCCCGGCAGAUUCCGAGCCGAUCCAGGCCUGCCACGGGCCGAUCUGGCGGCGCACACGGCAUCGCGGAACAGGCGUCGAUUCUUUACUCGCGACAGGAAAUCGCCGAGCGGUUGCGGCAAGCGUGGAGACAUCGCGAACAGAACAAGGCGAACAUCGACAUUUUCCUAGCACACGGUAUGACUGUGGAGGAACGCUGCGACUCUGAGCUGUCAAUGUCCACUCCGCCGACUCCGCUACCCAGAAAAGAACCCGAUUCUAUCCGGGAUGAGGAAAAAGGCGCACGGAACGCGGAAAUGCCUGACGAUCUAGUGGAUCGAGGUAAGGGAACGUCUGAGAUCGACAAGGAAGAUGAGGAAGGACGCGGGAAGAAAUCGGAGGUCGUGUCUCAAAUAAUGGAGAAUGAUUCGUUGACGAAAGAGGAUGAGAGUUCAACUGAAAGUGCGGAAAAGGAAAAAGGAGAGGACGAGAAAAUGACGGAUUUACACGCCAAUACAGAUAUCGAGAAGAAAACGCGCAUAAACAUCGAUUGUACGAGUCUGCAUCUCCCGGCCAAUCAGUCGUAUUCCUCGUUUCCAUCCCUGAGAUUGGAAAAUGUGGGUCCAGCGAAAACUAACGAUGACUUUUCAUCGGCGAGGCAGAAGCGCGCGAGCUUUCACAGCGGCAGCAAUCGCGCGUUUCUGGUGCCGAUGAUGGACAAGUCGCCGAAAGGACUCGUGGAAAUGAAAAUCGCACCGGCGAACAAAUCGGCCGAAGUCAGAUGCGCUUCGGCCGACAAGACCGCUGUGAGAUCGUCAAUCGACAGAAGCACUGUUCUCCUCGCGCGAAAUUCAUCCGUGAACCUGGAGAAGACGAAGAGGACCAGCUCGGCGCCACCGCAGCGGCGAAAUAUCGCAUCCGCGGCGACGCGUGUACAAGUGAACAUCGUGAUCGAUGCCCCUAGUCUCGCCCAACCGACAGACAAGUCGAUCGUCUGCGGAAAAGUGCAGGACGAGCAAAGCGCUGUGGAAAAGAACGAAGAGGCUUCGAUGAAGAUAUCGCGAAGCGAGCGAUCGAUAAAAUCGGCACCUCUGAAGAGAAGAUCAAGAAGCGCGAGGAGGCGAUUCUUCGCGUCGAGUCCGAACGGAUGCAAGGAUGAAGAUACCCGCGGAGAAGGACGGGGGAAGAGUUCUAUGGAUCCCAGGACGAGCGACGUGGUCACUAUGGUGUCGCUGGUCAGCUCGGCGGACAGCGACAGCGACAUUGAGAAUUCGCCGGGCGACGACAAGCUCAUCGACGAAUUGCGCAGCAAGCUGCCCACUACGCCCAUCAUUAAAACGUCCAUUAAUCCUAAUCCUGGUACGGCAAGAAAGCCUAUCAAGUCAGUGUCUUUCCAGAGAGACUCGUUCGACGAGGAGCCGGCGACGAGGGAGGAGAAGCAGCGGAUCGUCAACAGCGUUCAGCCUCGCUUCAGCCUCGCCGUUAACGUUGCUCACGGAAACGGCGGCAGCGAGGACUCGAUAGAGCAGAACCUGGCUGUCGACGGUGUCGUCGCGACACCGACGACACUGGCCGUCGUUCCCGCAUUGUUAAUUUUGAAGGACACCGAGAAAGCGGUACAGCCGGAGGCGCCGCUAACCGAUCGCGAAAAGCGAUGUUUGGCAGUGCCAAUUGGCGAUCUGCGCGACAAAAAGCGAAAGCUGUUACGAAUGCGAAGUACGCCUAACCGUCCGCUAAUCGCGGAACGGACAAAUAAUGCACCGAUGGAAAUAAAAGAGCAAGGCUCGCAUCUCGCGAUCCCACAAGUCGAUCUCGUCGCGGUUUCAGUUCCAUCGAUUGAUACUUCGCUGCCAAAAAUGGAACAAUUUUCCAAAGAGACGCUGCCGGCGAAAGAAGCACCGCAAGAAGUGAUAUUACCGUCGGAACCGCAAUUUCAAACGACUAAAGAAAAAGAAUGUUGGCAUCUUUACAGGCGAAUGUGCGAUAAAGGGGUGUGCGUGUCUUUCGACACUGUUUUAAGAGGUAUGCUGACACCAACAGAAUAUCGAUUGCGACAAAAGGAACUAUCGCAGGAUUUGCGGUAAAAUUAGAAAAAUAACGGGUUUUGUUACAAUAUUUAAAUAUUUUUCUAAUGCACCAGUUAUUCUUACUUUCUCGUAUUAAUCAUCAGAAAGUAAUCAAACAAAAUGUAAUAUUAUUUAAUUUAUAUA